AUGGAAUCUUCAACCUGGAACUUGUAUAGUAGUAGAUGCAAACCAAUAUGGCAGCCUAUUGGGAUGGAAGUGUCCAAAUUGGCUGAAUUUCUUGGUACAAUUGCAAGGACUGGUUCUAUCUGUCCUUUGAAUACAAAACAUUGGAAACAUCUUUCUAAAUAUGUGUUGGAAAACAUAUUGAGAAUCGUUCAUGAAAAUUUUAAUCUCCAAGGUAAGGUGGAGGACUCUGACAUCCUCUCACAUGUUGGAAAACUCCGGAAGGAGUUUAAAUCGACUUUGAAAGCUAGAUACUACAAAGAGAUGGUCCAAGAAGGUCGAUCGAUUGAAGAAAUAUACGAAAAGAAUCCUCCUAGUGUGCAUGAUGAUCAAUGGAAAUGGUUAGUGGACCGAUGGGGAACACCACAAGCUGCGGCACAAUCAGAAAAGGCGAAAGAAUCCCGAACAAAUGUGCGUUAUGCACACAUUGCUGGUCGUACAGGAUAUGCGACCCUCAAUGCACAGCUGAGAAGGAAGGCCGUAAACCGUCGCAUUUGGAGCAGUUUAGAUUUCAACAUUUGCGCAAAGAUGGGAGUGCUCAGUAGUGAUGCAGCAGAACAAGUUUAUGAUGAAGCAUGCAAGAUGGUUAAAGACUCUAUGCCAAUACCUGAGAGUUCUUCCACACCUCAAGAUAAUGUUGCAAUAGAAAAUGAGGUCUAUACACAAGUGUCCGGCCCUGACAAGAAUGGAAAAAUGUUGGGAUAUAGACGUGGGAUGACCAAAUCCAGGUUGUUUGGCUAUGGGUCAGUCACUCGAGGAAGCCAAUCUGCAUCGGCCAUCAAUACAUUAAUUGAAGAGAUGAAUGCUAAGCAUGUCGAGCAAAUACAAACAAUUCAAGCCGAACAAGCAGUUUGA